GAAGUUGAACUAACAAAAUGUAGAAUUUCUCACCAAACACCCACAUAAUCUCUACUUCCCAAUACCUAUAAAACGCUCAUCAUCUCUUGCAAUUGCAUAAACAAGCACACUUCAAGUAUUCAUUUUGAAGCACUUCUUGUCAUCUCCCAUCUGAUUUUCUUAAUCAUGGCUUCCCAUCGUUUGCCUUUCUUUGUGCUACCGUUUUUAUUCGUCACUUUGUCAUUGAUGAGCAGCAACACAGUCUUGGUUGGUGCUCGGCGUCUUUUGGAGACAUCUAUGCCGUCCUUCCCAAAGGUUGAACUUCCAAAUCCUGAAUUGCCAGAAAUUCCAAAACCCGAAAUACCUAAAAUGCCUGAGUUGCCUAAAGUUCCGGAGUUGCCAAAACCUGAAUUGCCUAAGAUUCCCGAGUUUCUGAAAGUGCCAGAGUUGCCAAAACCUGAAUUACCUAAGGUUCCUGAGUUUCCAAAAGUGCCAAAGUUGCCAAAGCCUGAAUUUCCUAAGGUUCCCGAGAUGAAAAAACCUGAAAAAGUCAAAGUUCCACAGUCAUCAAAGCCAGAAUUACCUAAAGUUCCUGAGAUGCCCAAAGCUCCUACAUUGUCAAAAUUUGAAGCACCAAAAAUUCCCGAGUUACCAAAGCCAGAGUUGCCUAAAGUUCCCGAGGUGCCCAAGCCUGAAUUACCCAAGGCUCCCGAGUUGCCAAAAGUUCCAGAGUUACCGACGUUGGAAUUGCCUAAAGUUCCAGAGGUGCCUAAGCCUGAAUUGCCCAAAGCUCCUGAAUUACCAAAAAUUCCCGAGUUAACAAAAUCAGAAUUGCCUAAAAUUCCUGAGGUACCGAAACCAGAAUUGGCCAAAGUUCCUGAGGUACCAAAACUUGAAUUACCAAAAGUUCCCGAAUUGCCAAAACCGGAAGAACCCAAAAUUCAAGAGCUACCCAAACCAGAAAUACCUAAAUUACCCAACCUACUAAAGCCGGAAACACCUAAACAAGGACUGCCCUAAUUUGCCUGAUUUGCCUACCAUGCCAAAAUCUUGAAUCAUGUGUUGAUUAGCAUAUUUAAAUUCAUUUCAUGAAUCACUUGUAGACCAUAUUAUUUAUAAAAGUUGCUUUGUGUGAUUUUAUUGUUAUCAUCUAUAUAUUAUACAUGUAAACUUUCAAAAUAAAUUUGAAGUUAUAUACAAAGUUUUCCUUUUUAUUUA